AUGCCUCUGAAAUCCCUGACUACUCAGAAGUUAGAAAGUAUGAAUAAGGCAUCAGAUAACGAGGCCAAAAACUUGAAAUCCAAAACGGCGAAAGACGUUUGAUGGUAUUUUACGUAGCGGACGCGCCUGACAGAAAUGACUGUUGGACCAUUAGUUGUUGAUGUCGUUGUGACUUUUUUCCUAGCUUUUAGCAUCAUAUACAGAUAUAUUAAUUGGAGACGACAUCACGUUAUCGUAAAGUUCGCAGUGCUAACAGGAUGGUACUUUUCGUUCCUCAUAAUCUUCGUUCUUCCACUGGAUGUAUCAUCUACUGUGUACAGACAAUGCUUGAAAAAGAAUAAUGUCACAGAAUCUGAAAAUACUACUUCUACAGUCUGUCGUGAACCAUGGAGCUAUGUUGGAAACGAUCUGUAUUUACACCUCUGGCAUAUUGUCUAUUGGACAUCACAGUGCCUAACAUGGCUUGUACUGCCCUUAAUGCAGUCAUAUAUAAAAGCUGGGGACUUUACAAUCCGGGGUAAACUUAAAUCAGCUUUGAUUGAUAAUGCAAUAUAUUAUGGAUCAUAUCUCUUCAUAUGUGUCAUUCUUAUAAUAUAUAUUGCAGUAAGACCAAGCCGUUAUUUUUAUGGUCAGAAUCUGAAGACUAUUGCAUCAUCAGCCAGUAACACAUGGGGAUUAUUCCUGUUAAUUCUUCUUCUCGGUUAUGCUCUUGUGGCUGUUCCUCGAUCACUAUGGAAUGCGAGUAAGAAAGGUUAUUCUCUAAACUAUGCAUAUUUCAAAGCUGGAAAACUGAGUUUAGAGAAGCUUGAAGCUGAAGAAGCACUUGACGAUGUUUUGGAGACACUUUUGGGUGUUAAAAUGUCAGUAACACCAGGGCAUCCAUCGUAUAAAAAUGUAGAAACUAUUCUCCAAAAGCUUCCAAUGGAACUCCAGGACCGUAUGUGCCGUAGGCAACUUCCUGAUGAUGCCCCACUUGAUACACCAUCUGAAAAAGCAUUAGUUAGACUUCACAGACAGGUUCUAAAGACCUUACAAACAUAUCAUCGCACUGAGACACAGUGGACUAUUCUUGUGGAAAAAAUCUUUGAACUGGAAGACAUUGCAUACAAUCAAGAGAAUCGUGAUCAUGUAUUUAGGCCUACUUUCCGACCAGUGCGACCUGCAUUGCUGAAUUUGAUAUACACACCUACAAUUGAAUGGUACUGGAAGUGCGUGCUUCAGAACUAUAUUCUAAAACUGAUGGCAGUUGUCACUGGCUUGCUAUCCGUUGCUGUUGUUUGGUCAGAAGUUACUUUUUUUAACAAAGAACCAGUUCUGUCAUUGUUUGCAGAGUUCAUUAAUUUAGCAGCAGCAAGUUAUGAUUAUGCCACAAUAGAGGUUCUUUCAACAUUGGUCAUUGCAUACUUGUGCUAUUGCGCCUAUUCUACAGUUCUCAAGAUUAAAUUUUUAAACCUCUACUACCUUGCUCCACAUCAUCAGACAGAUGAAUAUUCACUUAUCUUCUCUGGAAUGAUGUUAUGUAGGCUCACACCACCUAUUUGCCUAAAUUUUUUGGGACUGAUCCACAUGGAUAGCCAUGUCAUAAAAACACACAUCAUGGAGACUUACUACACACAGGUAAUGGGACAUAUGGAUGUUGUGCCCAUUAUAUCGGAUGGCUUCAAUGUAUAUUUUCCUAUAGCCGUCCUGGCAUUUUGCCUUGCAACUUACUUUAAUGUUGGGUCUCGUAUUGUGUCAUGGAUAGGAUUUCACCAGUUUUUGGGUGAUGAAGAAACUGCAGACUUGGUUGCUGAUGGAAGAGCGCACAUAAGAAGAGAAAUGAGAAGACGUCAAAGAGUCGAAGACUCAGUAAAUCGUCGUAAAGCUUACGAAGAAAGGCUGCAAGACAGUACCCGAUACAGGUCAUCUCGAGAAGCUGCUGAUGAGAGAGUGCAACCUCUUCAUCGAGAAGAUUCAGGAGAAUCAGCUCGUGCCGUACUUCUGCGUGAUGUGGAACCUGUCGAUUAUGUAGAGACUGUGCCAGCAAGAAGAUUUACCCAAGGACGUAAUCAGUAUUACACCAAUGUUGAGUUAGAAUCAAAUGAAAAUAGUGUGCAUACACACACUGAUGACACGUUAUUGUAUCAGAAUGGCUCUGAAAGUGUUAUCGAACCUGCUUUUGGGUACCAGACAUCAAGAGAUAGACAUGGUCUUCCUCCAAGAGGAUUAUUUGAUGAUGUUUAAUGUUUGUUACAGAUAUAAAAAGAAAUGAACUAUUUACUAUACAAAGGAUAGAUAUUAUGUAUAAAAAUAUUGUCAAUCUGUUGUUACCUACUUGUAGAUACUAUGAUUCUGAAGGAGGUUUGACAGAAUGUGAGAGGUGACUUUGGUCAUCAUUGCAAGUGAUAUUCACAUUCAAAGUAAAGCAAAGCACACAUUAACUGUGUGUUGAUUCUCAUAUGAAACUGUUAGAGUCAAUCUCAGCAUGGUUUGUAGUCUUACACCGAGUAUCAUAGGUUGAAAAAUUUUGCCUCAGAGAACUUCUACUCAGUUUUGGUCAACAGAAUACUCAGUUCAGAAUAAAGUCAUCAUUUUUUUUGUAAUCACAACAAAAUUGUGAUAAUUUAAUUCUGACAGUAAUGAAAGAUGUUACAUAUUCCUGUAUUUGCUGACAUUUAUUGUGGUUAACUUUUUUGUGUCAAUGAUUGUAUAUUUUGUAAUGGACAUACUGUGUAAUUUCUGUGCUAACUUUACUGUCUAAAUGGACGAGGGUGCGCUGAAAAGUAAUGCCUCCAAAUUUUUUUUAUAUGAAAACUCUUAAAGCUUUGUUAAUAAAACAAAUAUUAUUGAUAUUCUA